AUGUUCGCCGAUUCCUUCGUCGUGUUGAAGCUUCACUACGGUGAGGAGUCCCUGCGCUGUCGAUGCCCUCUGAAGACUGUGAAGACAGUGAGUGAUCUGUACAGUAUCAUCGAAGAAGCUUGGCCAGCAUUGGGUAAGGGUAGCGAGUACAGCGUGCAAGUGCAUAAGGGCAAUGCCUUGUCCUCUUACGGGAAGAACACCAGCAUCAGCAUGCUACUCAGCAGGCAUGGUGUGAUGCGCGUUGGUUCUCCUAAGGAGCUUCGGCUCGAUGUUGGAGGAGGGCCUGAGGUCACUCCAGUGCAUAAUCGUUCGUCAAAUCCUCCGAAGCCUAAGGAUGGUCAUAACGUUGCGGUCCUGCACAUGGACCUCUGCUACGAUUGUGGGAUGGGGCCGAUCAUCGGCCGAUGUUACAAGUGUAUGACGUGUUCGGACCGGACGUUCUGUUCGCGUUGUUUCAAGGGUCAUGACCAGAGCCACACCCUCACUGUAGUGAGCAUGGCCGAGGAUGGUAUAUGGGACAGUAGGCCCGACGACGUCGCCAAUGAGCGGUUCCUACGUGAUAUGCGCAGUCUAGGAGUCCCAUGGCCCGGCGAUGUCGCAAAGAUCAAGGACUUGCAGCUUCCUGAUCAAACCUUCCCUAUGAUGAUCGCGGAGACCUUUCCCAAGAACGACCCGCCGUCGGAGUCCCUUCGAGCCCUCCUGUGCAAAGACGGCUGCUCUUUCAUCAGCUAUAGGAUAUUCUGCCAUUGUUGCAGUGGCGCGACCAACAGGGCCAGACAGUUCCGUUGUGACGGUCUCGGUGGUGAUAUAAACUUAUGCGAUUCUUGCUACCUCACUCAUCGUAGUAAGAUUUUGAAGAUCGCCAACAAAUGUUCGAGAAUUGUUACACCGUCCUUUUGGAAUGAGGGCAACACCGAAGCUGUUGAGCUUAUUCAUUAUGGUUCGAUCUGUGACGGCUGUGGGGUGUCCCCAAUUGUGGGUAGAAGAUACAAGUGCAACUACUGUGCCGAGUACGAGUUGUGCAGUAGAUGUUUCAAAGAGCCUGCCAACAAGCAACAUCGUUUGGAGCAUCUGUUCACUUUGAUCGCCAGACCAGCAAAGCUAUGGACUGUUCAUACCAAGGACCAGAAGGGUACACUUUACAGCGAGAUGGCUUGCGAGAUGUGCGGCGUUCUCCCCCCGGGGGGUGCUAGGUACACUAUAAAAUGCGACUGUAAGGCUCAGAUGUGCCUCGACUGUUACAAGGACGAUCUCCAAGGGCAGGCUGUUCUACUACGGGGAGAGUUCUUUGACUACCCCAACCCAGUGAGCUUACAGGCCUCGGCCGACAGAGAGCGACAACGACAUUUGUUGAAAAUAUCUGUGGCGAGCACCCUUCCGAUGGGUCCGAUGGCUAAGGUCGCUAGGCUUGAGGCUGAGGGAAAGACGGUGAAGCAGGAGGAUAAGCAGACAAAAGGAAGGAUCAUUUGGGCUGAUGAGCUCCCUCGUGAAGUGAAGCCUCAUCACAGGGUGGUCCGUAGUAGUUGUGGCUGUGGCCAUCGCCACUGA